AUGCAAUUACCUUUACAAUUACAACAACAAUUUACAAUGUCACAAUUCCAACAUCCCCAACAACAAAAACACCAACCAACAUAUUCACAACAACAACAAAGACGUCAGACUAUAAGUUGUUCGGUUGUUACAACAAUGAAUCAACAAAGACAACAACAACACAACCCUUCUAUAUUAACUAUGGCUGGACAACAACAACAACAUUUUAUGGAAGCUUCUGCUUUAGUUGCACAACAAACAUCAGCGGCAAAUUUAAUGAGAGGAUUUGAAGGAAUGUUUUCUACCACUCCACAAGAUCCACAACAUAUUAAUGUCGUUCAAGGUGGAACCAACAUUAUCCCACAAAUUCCACCUUCAGCAAUGACUUCCGUUGUUCCUCAUCUUCCUCAAUCUAUCCGUGGCAGUCCCCUAUCUGCUGCAAUGUUAUCUGCAGCAUUUUCUUCCACAUCCACAGCAGUCACGUCUUCAUCAAAUACAGGAAUAUGUCAAAAUGUUGGUGGACAGGCUGCUUUUAUUAGUGGAGGAUCGCCAUCUACAUCGUCGUCACAUCAUCAAAUGGACGACGAGUUUUCUCAAGUAGAUGAAUCUAAGAUUUGUGCAGUUUGUAAUGACUACGCUGUUUGUCAACAUUAUGGAGCAUUAACUUGUGAAGGAUGUAAAGGUUUCUUCAAACGAACCGUACAGAAAAAGUCACAAUAUGUUUGUGCUGGCGAUAAAAAGUGCCCAAUUGACAAAAAAUAUCGUUCACGUUGUCAAUAUUGUCGUUUUCAAAAAUGUUUGGAUGUUGGAAUGGUUCGAGAGAUUGUCCGUUUUGGUAGUUUAACAGGGCGUAGAGGACGUCUUCCUUCUAAAGUAAAAAGUUCUUCAAUUACUUCACCAUCAUCUUCAACUUCUUUUCAAAUGUCUACUUUAGGGCAACCUGAACCUGCUCAAAGUCCGCCCCUUCCCAUUUUAACAAUUAUUUCUAAAGCUUUUAAUGAAAUACAUGGACAAAUGAAUACGGCAUGCAGAAGAGAAAUUAAACAACGUUUAUCUUUAAAUGAGUUUUGUUCUAUAUUGGAAUUGGAACUUCAAAAUAUUUGGGGAUUUGCUCGUCGAAUACCUGAUAUUGUAGAGUUGAAUGAAUCAGAGUUGCGUUUACUUAUACUCCACAACUUUUUCCCUAUUUUUGCUGUUCGUCAGGCGUUUCGUUGGGCUGAAUUAAAGACUACACAAAUGCCAGAAGACUUCUGGUUUGAAGGCGGUAUUUGUCUCAAAACAGACGAAUUACCUAUAGAAUGGCGUAAAUGGUUCUGUGAAGUUACCGCAGUUGCCCACAACUUUCGGAUGCUUAUUGACUGGGAUAUUCCUUGUUUAGCUUCUUUGAUUGUUUUACAAAUGUUUAAAGUUGGACCAAGUAUUUCUGGAAUGAUUACCCAAACUUCCGUUGAACGUUUUAAUUCAACUUAUAUUAAUGCAUUAAAAGAUCAUUGUUGUCAAAGUUCAACACAACCAUCAAAACUUUCUAGAAUUGUUGCACAAGUUUCACAAUUUGAACCUUUUCGGCAUCUCGGUUCAGAAUGUUUAGGCUCCUCAUUGCGACAAUUGACAUCACAACCUUCACAAACAUUGACACAAUUAUAUUUAAAUAGUGGAGGAAAUUUAAAAAUUGGUGGAGGAGGAGGGAAUGCUUCUACAAGUAAUCAAAGAUAUUCUUCAAGUAAUUUUAGUGAAGAAAGUGAAGGAAAUAAACAACAAUUAAAUAAACAGCAACAACCUUCUGCUUCUUUUAGUGGACAACAAUUUCAUCGCGAUAAUUUUUAA